AUGUCGUUUAGGGUGCGAAUCGCGCGCGUCAGCGGCGCCUUGUUGAGCAAGUUGGUGCCUGAUACAUGGCUUAGAAUAUACCCAGCACCAAAAGAAUCUGGAGAAACGUUGUAUUCAGUAAUAUUAAGAUGUGUUCUGUGCCAACUGGGAUUGACAUCAUUCCUUAUACUUUGGACUGUUAUUGCAGUUUUCACAAUUCAAUCUUUUGAAGGACCACAAGAAGCAAAAGUGUCAUCAGAAUUUGAAAAAGAACAGAAUCAACUCGUCAUCGAUUUGGCGACCGAGCUAAGACAGAUUACCCCACUCUCCCCUAAAUGGCGGUACGCAAUAGAAAGGCGUAUUGAGGACGAAAGGAAACUGACGAUGCAAGCCGUUGGCGACGGAGCGCAACUCAAGCCUGGAGAGUUCUGGAAUUUGCCCGGAACUUUUCUAUUUACUAUUUACGUUAUGACUGCUUUAGGGUUUGGAGCUCCAGUGCCUCAUACACUUUGGGGUAGAACAUCUGCUUUGGCCUAUGCUAUUUUAGCUGUACCAACGCAUAUUUAUUUAAUGGUUAACGCAAGCACCUGCGUCGUGGUCCGCUUACAAGCGUACGCUCGACAUCUGAGAGACAGGAUUAGUGGGAACGUGGGCGACCUCACUAAGUCCAACUACAAACGGCGAGAUAGCCAAUACAUCAGCAGAAAUCCGGAAUUAUCACCAUUAAAAUCGUCUAAGUGGAAUACACGAAAAACUAUCGGUUAUUGUUGUGGAGUGUUAGGUGCCGGUCAUUGCAUCCCACUGGCAACGGUCACCUACUACACACUCGGGGUGGUGUCGUUUGGUGUGCUGCGCAACAAAUCUCCCUUCGAGACAUUCAUGUUCCCCCUGGAGUUUACCACUACUGGAGGCUUGGAACACGUUGAAGGCUACGUGAGGAUAUUCUACGGCUUCUACGUCGAAGGCGCGAUGUGCUUGCUUGCAUGUUCACUCGCUACGCUACGCCGAAGCGGCAGUUCAUUGUUUGGCUGCUUGUCUCAAACCCACCGCUUGUUUGAAACGGACGACUGCGAAGAUUGCGUUAAAACAACGAAGAAAUAG